UCAUUCCACAUCCCCACGCGUUAUUGUCCAGAAUCAGAUCCUUCAUCCCAAACCACACUUUCAAACCACACUUAAUUCAUUCAUUCAUUCUCAAUGGCCGAUGUAACCUAUCUCCGUCGUCACCACCACCACGAACCCGACGAUGACCAAACCCUAAUCCCUUUACCUUAUUGGCCUUCCACUUCCGAUCUCGACUUCGAUUUCGAUCUCUACUCUUCCGAUCCCGAAUUCCCAUCCAAUCACAACCACCGCUUUUCUCGCGAGAAUUUCGUCAUGGAUCUUUUCCAACAACGCGUUGAACAAUCUCAAAUUACUAAUCACACCGAUCCAAUUAAUCAAUCGUUAAAUGACUCCGUUUUCGACAGUUUAAGUUUCGAUUUAGGGUUCAAUCAUUCCGACCUUCAUCUCGAUCUUAACAUCGCCGCUGAAGAAGACGAGGAUGAUUUUCCUGAUAUAACGGUUUCUAGAUCUGAUCCAAUUAGCGGUUUACGUAUUGUUGAGAUUGAUUCGGAUUCUGAAUGCGAAGAAGUUGAUGGAAAUGGAAACGGAGACAACGUGUUUUGCGGAAUCUGUAUGCAUUCUGAUGCUGACGAAGAUGAUUUUAACAAUGUAAUUGAGGAAGAAGAAAUUGGGAGUUUUCCUCUUCGUUGGGAUUCGCUUCAUUUGGAGGAUGAUCCUCAAAUUUACGAAGAUUUUGAGUGGGAAGAAGUUGAUGGUGGUGGCUUUGAUGAUAGGGAAAUUCUUGGUUUGAUGUUCGCUGCUGAUGAUGACGAUAACAAUAACAAUAGGUCUGUUAAUGGUAGUCGUGCUCGCGGUACUUCGUUUAUUGAACAAGAAGAAGAACACGUGGAUGAAGAUGGAGAAGAGGUUACUAUGUUGAGGGUUGAUGGAGAAGAGGUUAAUAUGAUGAGGGUUGGUGGAGGAACUGAGAAUCUUGAUUGGCAAGUUUUGUUGAAUUCCGCGAGUCCUGAAACUUAUCAUGUGAUUUCAGAGCCUGAUUUUGGGGAUAAUGAUGAUUACAUUUACACUGCAGAGUAUGAGAUGAUGUUUGGUCAAUUCGCGGAUAAUGUGAAUUCGUUUACCAAUAAGCCACCGGCUUCUGCAGCGUUUGUUGAGAAUCUUCCGUCGGUGGUUGUGACUAAAGAGGAUGUGGAUAACAACAAUGCGUUGUGUGCGGUUUGUAAAGAUGAAUUUGCUGUUGUAGAAGAGGUGAAGUUGUUGCCGUGUUCUCAUCGAUAUCAUGGUGAUUGCAUAAUGCCUUGGUUGGGGAUUAGGAAUACUUGUCCUGUUUGUCGCUGUGAGUUUCCUACUGAUGAUGCUGAUUAUGAACGUAGGAAAGCUCCAAUGUUGGCCCGGAGCGCUUGAUGUGUAUGUCAUUGUUGUUAGGGUUGGAUACUUGGAUAUGGUUUCACAAUUUGUUGCUGCUAGGUUGUUAAGAGUUUAGGUUUUUUGGUCCUGAAAAAUUGCAUGCGUUUGUUAAUUUUGGAUUUUUCAUAUGGAGAUUUGUAGUAUAAGUAUGUUCAUCUGCAAAUUGUAUUAUGGGAUACAUCAUAAAAAGGAAUCAAUUUUCUAAGGAAUAUAUACAUUUGUUCUGCUA